ACCAAACGAAGCCUUAAGAUGAAAAAGAAACCGCCUUCACGUGCUCUCUCAAAUCUCAUCUAACCCCACAAAAUGGUCUUCCCCAGUUAAAUUUAGCGACUUAUAUCAUCCCCGACCUUGAAAUCUUCCACUAUAUAGUGAUUGAUAUACACAUUCAAAGAAUCCCAUUAACUAAAAACCCAGAUUCAACAAUGGAAAUUCGAAGAAAUCCCACCCCUACCAGCAUCAUCGGAAGGCUUGUAAUGCUGUCCGUUUGGGUCCUCUUCAGCUGUUCAGAGGAGGUGUUCGGGCGCAGAGGAGGAGGGCAUAACGGGUGGCAGAGCUUCAGGUACUCUGCUUUCAGUAGCUGCCGGUCCCACACGGCGGCGCUGACGGACUUCGGAGGAGUUGGCGACGGAGUGACACUGAACACCAAGGCUUUCAGGUCGGCGGUGGAUUACCUCAGCCAGUUCGGGGCGGAGGAGGGCGGGUCAUUCCUGUAUGUGCCGCCGGGGAAAUGGUUGACCGGCAGCUUCAAUCUGACCAGCCAUUUCACGCUCUUUGUGGAUGAGAACGCCGUUAUUCUUGCUUCUCAGGAUGAGAAUGAUUAUCCAGUGAUUGAACCAUUACCAUCAUAUGGACGAGGAAGGGACUCCACAGCUGGACGGUUCAUUAGUCUCAUAUUUGGAACCAACCUCACCGAUGUUGUUAUAACUGGAAAUAAUGGAACCAUUGAUGGCCAAGGGGAUCUCUGGUGGGAUAAAUUUCACAAGGGCAAGUUAGACUAUACAAGGCCUUACUUGAUUGAAAUAAUGCACUCUAAAAAUAUUGAAAUAUCCAGCCUCACUCUGCUAGAUUCUCCGUCCUGGAAUGUUCAUCCUGUGUACUGCAGUGAUAUUAUUGUCCAAGGGAUUACAAUUAUUGCUCCUACAAGAUCUCCAAACACAGAUGGAAUCAACCCAGACUCAUGCACAAACACUAGAAUUCAAGACUGUUACAUCGUCUCUGGAGAUGAUUGCAUUGCUGUGAAGAGCGGAUGGGAUGAGUAUGGGAUUGCAUACGGAAUGCCAACAAAACAGCUCCUUAUCAGGCGGGUAACUUGCAUAUCCCCAACAAGUGCUGCAAUUGCGUUAGGCAGCGAGAUGUCAGGAGGAAUAGAGGAUGUCAGGGCAGAGGACAUUGUGGCAAUCGAUACAGAAUCCGCAGUUAGAAUCAAGACAGGCGCUGGAAGGGGAGCGUACGUGAAGAAUAUAUUCGUCAGACGUAUGACCAUGAAAACAAUGAAAUAUGUGUUUUGGAUGACGGGUGACUAUGGGUCUCACCCUGAUGAAAAGUAUGACCCGAAUGCGCUUCCUGUGAUCGACAACAUCAACUACCGAGAUAUGGUGGCUGAGAAUGUGACGAUGGCAGGCCGGUUGGAGGGGAUCUCCGGUGAUCCGUUCACCGGAAUCUGCAUAUCCAAUGUGACAAUUGGGUUGGCAGAGCAUGCAAAGAAGGUACCAUGGAAUUGCACAAACAUUUCUGGGAUUUCAAGCGCUGUGGUUCCUCCUGCUUGUGACCUUUUGCCAGAACCUGAAAAGAUCUCAACAUGUGAUUUUCCUACUGAAUGCUUACCUAAUGAGAAUGUCAAAGUUAAGAUGUGUGCAUAUAGAAGAAAAAUAAAGCAUUCAAACGACCUGUAAACAUAUAUCAAAUUAAUGAAUGCGAAAAAUACAUUUGGGUCAUUUAAGUUGAA